GGAAACACAUGCAAUGUCUGGCAUUGAGUGAGACUUAUUUCCUAGCCUCCCGAAGAAGCCUACAUCCCCUGUCGAUCCAUCUAGCCCAGCCACACGCCAUGAUGUGGAACCUAGCCUUUAACAGUCUACCAUAAUUACGGCUCUUAACUAAUGCGCCCGUACAUACUACUCCACGGGCAGCUAUUAAGUACUUAAAGUGUAAAAAUCGCGAAAUUGAUCAUCCAUCUGUCCUGGGUUUCCAUUCGUUAUCCCUUUCCUUUAGGAGGCACACACGACAACCAUGUAUACGGCUCUUCUUCUCGGUCUCCUCCCUUUGGCAUCCGCCACCAUCAAAGGCAAAGAAGGCAACUGCGCUGCGGAACACAUCAAAUUUGCCAAUCCGUCCCAUGUCUGUAAUACCCUCAAAGCCCAAUUCGCAAACUUGACCUUCCUUCCCGAGGAUCAGGGUUACGAGAAGGAGACAAAGGUGUCAUGGGAUGCAUCAUCGUGGACCAACCCAGCAUGUGUUUUCGUCCCUCGAAAUGCCGACGACUUAUCAUAUGCCGUCAAAGCUAUGGUGAAAACGUCUACGUUAUUUGCCAUGCGUGGUGGCGGCCAUAUGCCUAUCUCUGACGCAGCCAAUAUCAACUCCACUGGAGUGCAGAUUUCAAGCACGAAUCUGAACAUCCUUGCAUUGUCAGAGGACAAGCAAACGAUGUCAAUUGGUCCAGCUUUCCGAUGGGGCGAUGUCUUCGAAUUCAUGGACGGAUCUAAUUUGACUGUUGUUGGCGGAAGACUCCCUCCCGUCGGUGUUCCGGGUCUUCUCCUAGGUGGUGGCAUUUCAUACUUCAGCUACGCUCACGGUCUUGCGUCUUCAAACGGCAAGAUAAAAGCGUACGAAGUUGUACUUGCGAAUGGUACCGUUGCCACUAUCACCGCGGACGGCGAUCAUGCCGACUUAUAUUGGGCACUGCAAGGCGGAGGCAAUUCAUUCGCCCUUGUUACUCGCUUCGACCUCCAAACCUUUCCACUCCAGCAAACCCUCCGUGCUGAGGCGACAUACGAAGAAUCUGAGGAGACAAAAGAUGUGUACCUCGAUGCCCUGCUUGAUUACACCCUCCAUGGCGAUGUAGAUCCGGCAUUUGCCAUCACACCCGUGGCCCGGUGGGGACCGAACUUUACAGUGCCGAGCUAUGAAGCGACACUCCUCUUUAACGGUUCCGUCGCCCCAUCGCAUGGUCCAGCGACCAAGUUCUUUAAUGGAAGUAUUAAGUCUGUCAACGAUAGCUCCACAUUGAAGCCACAAUCACUUGCCGAAUACAGCCGUCUGACGAAGUUCGCGUUCGAGGAAGGCGGUCCCGGCUAUGGCUUUCGACAAAGGUUCCGCGUUGUCCCGGCAAAGGCAACUCGCGAGGCGAUGGACAUCAUACAUGAUAACUGGUUCGACCUGCUAAAGGAGAGAGACCUCGCGAAUCGAAUAACUGGAUUUUUCUGCGGUCUUGCCUACAACGCGGUCACUCGGACGAUGGCAAGGAUGUCGGAAGGUAGCCCGCAGAAUGUCGACCAAGAACCUGCAUUUUGGGUUGAAGAAAGCAUAUCCUGGAGCAACGCCGAGGAUGACCCUCAGAUCACCAAGUUUCUCGAAGACGUGAAUGCGAAGAUUGAGGCGCAACUCAAGGAGAAGGACCUCAUGGCCCGUUACAUCUAUCUGAAUGACGCCAACAAGGGUCAAGGUGUCUUCGAAAGCUACGGAAAUGAAAACGUUAGGAAGCUCCAGGCUAUCAGAGAUCGAUACGAUCCCAACAGGAUCUAUACAGAUCUCAUGCCAGGGGGAUUCAAGGUCGCUCACGCAAAGGCGAAGUAGACGACACAUAGUCGUAUCAUUAGGUACAGAAAGACUAAGUGUAGGUAGGAGUACUGAGGUAAUUGGAGGGUGUUGUAUAUGCAGACCAUAGAUAUAGAAACGGCUCGGCUCGGCGCAUACCUGAAAUCCUCACUUCUUUGGGAAGUGGCUCGUGUUGAAUUGGUCGACGAUCUCGCGCGCUGCUUUUACGAUGUCCAGUGCGCCAGGCG